AUCAGCAAGUUCAAACUAAGUCCAAUGGAGUGGCAGUUCCUACAGGAUGUUGAAGUGAUCCUAGAGGCGCCACAUGCUGCUCAACAAUGUAUGUCGGGCGAAUCCACUCCCAAACUGAGUGGUGCAUUUCCGGCAUUCGAAACAUUGAUCGAGCGGUGGAAGUUUUUGGCUUGA